UCCCCCUCUACCACAGAUGUCAUAAAUCCACAGCAAGAGCCGUCACAUCGGUGUCGCCUGGCCAUCCCAUUGGAACCGGUGGCUUGCGGCCGAUGAACGGCGUCCUCGGCAAGAGCAGCCUCGUCGCAUUCUCCCCGCCCAGCCAUUCAUGUGGCCGGAUCUGCUCAUUGAGCUGCCUCAGCACAUCCUCGACGGGCACGUCGGGCGGCACCUGUGCGAUAGGGACGUGGAAGGGCUGCUGCAGCUCCCGCGGCACCACCACACGCAUGUUGGCCCGCCUCAUGUGCUCCUCCAACUCAUGAGCCAGCAGCUGCAUCGCCCGCUCGCUGUCCUUGUCCAGGUAGAGCGCCACAGAGGUCACGUCCGCGCCACUGUCGGCCCCCCAGCUGUCGACGGAGCAGCCGAUCUCACCAAAAGCCACAGACACACGGUGCUUGCCCCACUCAUGGUUGUCGAGGAGCGUCCUGAUGGCCUCGGUCUCCUGGUGGCUGUAGCAGCAGAGGUACAACAGCCCGAUGUCGACGUGGGUCUCCUGGUGCGUGAUGCCGCCAUGCUCAGCCAGGUAGUCGACCGCCCUUUGGUGGGUUGCGAUAAAGCUCGGGUACAUGUCGUGGGGUUCGAGGCGGUAGCUGACGGUGAAGCGCCUCAGCCCAGGGUCCUUGCACUCAAGCGGACACUCGCCCACCGAUGGAAAGGUCUCCGAGAAGCGACGGCACGCUGCGUUAACAGUGUUCCUCAAGCCGCCUGCCCACUCCUCAGGCCAGCCUUCGUCUAUGCGAGAGCGGUCGAUGACGGGCACACUUGGCGCAGAGGUGACGUACUCGAGCUUCUGUCGGCCUCUCAGGGGAUGCAGCACAGAGUAGUUGGUGAUAGCAUGCUCCGUCAGAUUGUCCAAUGCCUCUGCAGGCGGACAGCACACCAGAAGUAACGGACACAUGGAGAGAUGCAUGGCUACAUGACUCGUGUGUGCGCUUCUCUGCAUCCACUCACCUGGAUAAAGGUAGAGCAACACCCAUGCUCCGGGCAGGAGCAGCAGCACUGCCCGUCCCAUCACAUGGAAGGCAGCCAUUGCUGAAUUCGAACCUCGCUGACGUCAAGGGUCUCGGCGCUUCGGUGGGAAUGAGCCGCCUCAUGAGCAGCCAAUGCGGCUGUCUGCCUUAUGCACCUUCAUGAUGAGCAUUGCGUGAGUGUGAGACUUCUCCGAGUAACAGACCGAGAUGAUUUAACCAGUAACCACAGAAUUCCAAAACUGGGCACAGAUCAGCAUGCAACGCCCUGCUCUCGAGAUUGCGAAAC